AUGCUUGGAACACUUCGCCGAUUCGGCGUUUCCAAUGCGCUCCGCGCGUCUGCGCCUCGUAUUAACUCAACGAGAUGGGCUUCCCAGCUGCCGAAGAUGCACGCUCCGUUGGCGUCUUCUGUCCUGACGAGGUCGCUGCACUCUUCAUUCCCCAAAUUCUCUGCUGUUGCCCAAGAAUCCGUCGAGACCGAGUCGCCGAAGCAGAUUCAAGAUUUCGCGGAACUCGGAGAACAAAACCUCGUUGACAGCACUAUUAUCAAGAACAUCACCCAUCCUUCCCGGAUGAACCUCAAGACCAUGACUGAGGUGCAAUCCAUGACUCUUCAAGAGAUCGUGAAGGGCACUGAUGUCCUUGCUCAGGCCAAGACAGGAACCGGAAAGACUCUUGCUUUCCUCCUUCCCACUCUUCAGAAUAUCCUCAAUGAUCCCGGUGUCGACGUUUCCAAGGUUGGACGUUACUCCAGAACCGCUCCCUCCGAAAUCCGCGCUCUCAUCAUCUCCCCUACCCGUGAAUUGGCCGAACAAAUUGCUGUCGAGGCCAAGAAGGUCGCCUUCGGCACUGGCCUCAUUGUGCAGACUGCUGUUGGUGGUACCCAGAAGCGUGCCGGCCUUAUGAAGAUUCAGCGUGAGGGCUGCCAUCUGCUCAUCGGUACCCCGGGUCGUCUUAAGGACAUUUUCUCUGACCCUUGGACUGGUGUCGCUGCCCCCAAGCUCAACACCUUGAUUCUUGACGAGGCAGACCGUCUGCUUGACCAAGGUUUCGCUCCUGAUAUCAAGGAGAUCCAGGGAUACCUACCCGAUCCCACCAAGAUUGACCGCCAGACACUCAUGUUCUCUGCUACGGUUCCCCGUGAAGUGAUGUCUCUGGUGCGCCAGACCUUGAAGCCCGGAUUCCAGUUUGUUCAGACUGUCCGUGAAGACGAGGUUCCCACCCACCACAGAGUGCCCCAAAAGUGCGUCUGGAUGCGUGGUCUUGAAAACGGAAUGCCUGCUCUUCUCGAGAUUGCCAAGAACUACGAAUCCCGCCGUACCAACGGCGAGGACCUCCGUCCUUUCAAGGCCAUCGCUUAUUACAACUCGACCGCCGAGACCAAGGCCGCGGCCGACGCUUUCAAUAAUCUUCGCCGUUCCCACAACUUUGGUAAAUCACCUAUGGGUGAACUGAAGAUGCUCGAGAUCAACUCGCGUCUGACCCAGGCCGAGCGUACUCGUAGCGCCGAGAGCUUCCGCAGAUCCCCUACUGGUAUCCUGUUCUCCUCGGACGUGACUGCCCGUGGUAUGGAUUUCCCCGACGUUACCCACGUCAUCCAGAUCGGUGUCCCUCGUGACACUGAGACCUACAUCCACCGUCUCGGUCGUACUGCCCGAGCCGGCAAGGAAGGUGAGGGUUGGCUUCUCAUCCAUGAUGGUGAAGAGGGAGUCUACCGCUCCCGUCUCGGCCGUAUCCCCAUGCAGCAGGAUUCUCUUCCCGCUGCCAAGGCCGACAUGUCCCAGGCGACUGCCACCUUUGAAACCAAUGAUACCGUCAGCCAGAUGAAGGCCGCCAUGGCCGCCGUCGGUAUGAGCCAAAAGAUCAAGUCGUUCAUGGGCCAGCUUGGCACACUUACUGGUAACUUCGACAGCAAGAGAUAUGCCAUUCAGGCUUUGAACCAGCAGUUCGUUGACGGAUUUGGCAUGGCGUCUCCCCCUGAGAUCAACGCCAGACUUGCUCAGCAGAUGGGUCUCAGCAGAGUCCCUGGUGUCAACAUUGGCUCCGGCAGCUCCCGGCCCGUUCUGGAUGAGGAUGACAUGUUUACUCGUGGCGGUGCCUUGAGCUCGUCUGGCCACCGCAGUCCCUCUCGCUAUGGUGGCCGGGGUGGCUUCUCCUCUCGUGGCGGUGACCGUGGUGGCUUCUCCCGUGACGGUGACCGUGGUGGUUUCUCUCGUAGUGACCGUGGUGGUUUCUCUCGUGACCGUCGCGGAGGCUCCUCUUACGGUGACCGCCGUGGUGACCGCGGCUCAUCCCGCCCCCCUCGUCGUAACAUGGCCGAGUUCGACUUUUAA